CGAGGAAUUGAAGAGCUUUACGGGCGGGCUGCGGCGCUCGUCAGCUCGGUUGUGGGUGGAGGUGACUGUGGAAACAUUUCUUUCUCGCAAAGCGGCGUAUUUACGACGAUUAUCCUGAACAUUUUUUGGAACUACUGGGAAUUCCUAAAAUGUAAAACUGUGUAUGCAGAAACUCAAGGACUCUGGAACACUAAGGAUACAAGAGUGAUGAUUUUUAGGACAUAAACUGGAUUUUGUCUCUUACCUUCCAGAAAGCACAGCUGAUGCAUGGUUAAUCCAAGCUGAAACAAACCUGUUUAUAGAUAUUGCUAUGAAGAAAGAAGCCAGAGAUGACUGAUGUAGAGCCCGUUGUCACGGACUUUGCAGCAUCUGGGAGAACUGGCCGCAGGAAUGCUUUACCAGACAUCCUGGGCUCUCCUGCAGGAGUGGGGACAUCUGAACUUCCUCAUAAGUUAGCAGAACUAUCUGUGAAGGAGCACAAGGUGGAGAGGCCUCUUCAGACACAGCACAGAAUCCCCAGUCUGAAGAACAGAAUGAAGGAACAUAACAUUUGCUUGUUGCUCGGUAAUGUUCCUGUGAGAUCACAUGACCUAACAACUGUAGACUUCUAUUCGAGACCUUCUAUGUAAGAGGGAUGCAAAAUUAGCGUAACUGAUGAUUGCUGCUUUGAGUUUCGAGAAUCAAUAUGUCUGCAAAUGGAAGUAAGGCCCAUACACUGUACCUCUUGACCUCCAGAUCAAGUCAUACUUUACUUUUGAUUUGUACAUUUGUCUCUGGUUGGUUUUGAAAAUAUGAUUUUUUUUUUAAUUAGAUGGUGUCCAUUCUUGUGGGAAUAUUUGCACAAUAAAAAACAACUGAGUUUUGUUAAAAACUAAUGAAUAUUCAUCCAAAGUGGUAAUUACAGUACAUGAGUUUUAUUUGUAAAGCAAAAAAAAAAA